UUUUGUACAAUAAUAACAUAGAACACACACACAACACACACACAAUAAUACAGCCAUACUAAUCUUGACAAAACUUAGUUAGCAGCUCCUCAAUGGCCCUCCCAGCUCUGUUUUCAACCUUCAUAGUUACUGCACCUCCUCGCACGUCUCUUUCUUUAGCAAGAAACCCUUCUAACACUUGUGCUCUAAAACCAGUUCAAUGCAUAAUGACGAACCCUAAGACAAACGAUCCUGAUCAAGGCACCCCGUCGCGAAGAAAUGCUAACUAUGCACCAAGCUUCUGGGACUACAGUUUCGUCAAGUCACUGUCCAGUGAUUAUGCUGAAGAGAAAUAUGUGAAGCAGGUGGAUGAGUUGAAGGAUGAUGUUAAAAGUCUUAUCCAUGCAGAAACAGAAGUACUGGACAAGCUGGAGCUGCUGGACUCAGUUCAAAGGCUAGGGUUGAAGUAUCAGUUUCAGAAAGAUAUAAUGCAAGCCGUUGAUGUUAUUCAUAAUAAUAAUAAUAAUAGCGCUGAUGCAUGGUUGAGUGAUGAUCUCUAUUUAACAGCUCUUAAAUUUAGGAUUCUCCGGGAACAUGGACAUACUGUGUCACAAGAUGUGUUCCAGAGGUUCAUAGAUGACACAGCAGGUAAAUUUAAGGCAAAUCUGUGUGGGGAUGUGAAGGGUUUGCUCAGCUUGUAUGAAGCCUCUUUCUUCGGGUUCAAAGGCGAAGACAUCAUUGAUGAAGCCAAGGCCUUUUCAAGAACACACUUGAAGAAUGCUUUAAAAGGGGAAAUUUCUCCUGACAUGGCAAGAAAAGUGAACCAUGCCUUAGACAUGCCAGUGCACUGGAAAUUACCCAGGGUUGAGGCUAGAUGGUACAUCAGUAAUUACGAGCAAGAUGAUAACAUGAAUCAGAAUUUGCUUAAGCUGGCCAAAUUGGACUACAACAUCAUCCAAUCAGUUUAUCAAAAAGAAGUCAGCAAACUAGCAAGUUGGUGGAUGGACAUGGGCUUGGACAAGAUGGCAUUUGCGCGAGACAGGUUAGUAGAACAUUAUUUCUGGUGCAAUGGAAUGGUCCCUGAUCCAGAAUACAGUGCUUACCGCGACAUGGGAACCAAAUUAAUUUGCUUGAUAACAACCAUUGACGACGUGUACGAUAUAUAUGGCUCUUUAGAAGAGCUGGAGCUCUUUACAGAUUAUGUUGAAAGAUGGGAUAUUGCUGAAAUCGACAAACUUCCAAUGAACAUAAAGACCGUUCUUCUUGCAAUGUUUAACACCACCAAUGAGAUAGGAUACUGGACAAUGAGAGAGCGAAACUUUAACAUCAUUCCUUAUUUGCGAAAACAAUGGGUAUAUCUGUGUAAAGCUAUUCUUAAAGAAGCAAAGUGGUAUCACUCUGGAUACAAGCCCACAACAGAGGAAUAUUUUGAAAAUGCCCCGGUUUCAAUCGGGGCUCCGCUUGCCUUAUUCUGUGCUUACUUCCUAACUGCAGAGCAGAUAACUGUGGAGGCACUGGAUUACAUAGACAAGCUUCCAAGUAUCAUGUGGUGCCCCUCUCUUAUUGUGCGACUUACCAACGAUUUAGGAACAUCAUCUGAUGAGAUGGAACGCGGAGAUAAUCUGAAGGGAGUCCAGUGUUACAUGAACGAUACUGGUGCCACUGAAGAAGUGGCUAGAAAAUAUGUGGAUCAAUUAGUGCAUGAGACGUGGAAGACUCUGAAUAAAGACUUGCUUGGAAGCUAUCCUUUCAGUGAACCAUUUAUCUCAGCCAAUGCAAAUCUUGCACGAACCACUCAAACGUUCUAUCAGUACGGAGAUGGGCAUGGCAUCCCUCAGCACUGGACCAAGGACCAUUUAAAGUCGUUGUUGGUCGAACCCUUUACUCUUAGCCAGUGAAGGAUGCCACAUCUUGGCUAGUCACUAUCAAUAAAAAUGCAGAUUUCUUCUC